UAUCUUCCCAUUUGCUUUUAUCAGCUUUGGCACAUGGUGUUUGGGGAUGCAAAAUCUACUUCCAGGAUUUGUCUGGGCGAUUUGAUUUUGCUUUUGUUUCCGCGUACUUCUUCCAGUUGGUUUUAUUUGCAGAGGCGAAAGAGAGAGAGAGACAGAGAGAGAGCAAGAGAUUUCGCCGCCAGUCGAUGAACCGCGCUGGAUCCACAGGACGUGGCCCGAGUGAGACAGCGGCUGCUGGGACGCGCAGAGCCUGUAGUUCUCGGCAACUCCUGGUGCGGGCGUGCCCCGCAACCAAACUGGUUUUACGUGCAAUUCGCUGCCCCCACCUCUUCCUUCUCUCUCUCUCUCUCUCUCUGUUUUUUCCCUAUCAGGUUGGAAAGCAGUGUGGCCGCUGUGCAUGCUGGGCUCAGAUUGCAGAGCAGGAUGGUGAUGGUGGUAACAGGAGUUGCAUUAGAGGAGGAAGCGGUCCGAGAGGCGGCGGUGCGAUGUGGAUGUCGGUGUGCAAGUUGUGUGCGUGUGUCCACGUGUUGAGUGAGUGUCACCGAGCCGGCUAGCCGCAGCCUCCUUCAGUUUCAGCAGGCGAGCCCCCAGGUCAGUUUCACUCUGGUUACUUUCAGCUACGUUGUAACCAACGCAUCACAGCCCUGGCCACGCCGGGGGAGGGCUGUUUGAUUAUCUUCCUACUCUAUUCCCCACCGCCGAAAAGGAAAAGGAAAAAAAAGACACCUCAGUGUUUGUCAGCCGGCUGGAAGCGUUUGUUACAAAGCCAUCCCUGCAUCUCCUCAGUGAGAUGGUAACCCAUGAAGCUCACUGUAAAGAACAUGGUUGAAAGGACCAACAAAUUUAUUCUGAUUAUUGCUGGAUUCGCAAUUUUCAUGAUGAUCGUUUUCCAGUACGUUUGCCCUGGGACCAACUGUAGGAUCUCGGGACCCAGGGGUUUCCAACAAGAUGAAGCAGUGGAUAUCUUCCCUACCCCCGACCCACACUACGUGAAGAAAUACUACUUCCCAGUGCUGGACCUGGAGAGGACGGUGGAUUUUGACAUCAAGGGGGACGACGUGAUCGUUUUUCUGCACAUCCAGAAGACGGGGGGCACCACGUUUGGUCGGCACCUGGUGCAGAACGUCAAGCUGGAGGUGCCCUGCGAGUGCAAACCGGGCCAGAAGAAAUGUACUUGUUACCGACCCAACCGCAAGGAGACCUGGCUCUUCUCGAGAUUUUCCACCGGCUGGAGUUGCGGCCUGCACGCUGACUGGACCGAGCUCACCAACUGUGUACCCGGAGUGCUGAACAAGAAGGAAAGCAAGAACAGAACUUCGAGGAAAUUCUAUUACAUCACCAUGUUAAGAGAUCCAGUUUCACGCUACCUUAGUGAGUGGAGACAUGUCCAACGAGGAGCCACGUGGAAGACAUCUCUCCAUAUGUGUGACGGCAGGACACCAACGCCCGAGGAGUUGCCAUCUUGCUAUGAGGGGAAUGAUUGGUCAGGUUGCACACUUAAGCAAUUCAUGGAUUGUCCAUUCAAUCUGGCUAACAAUCGCCAGGUGAGAAUGCUAGCCGAUCUCAGCCUGGUGGGCUGCUACAACAUGUCCUUUAUUACUGAGAGGAAGAGGGCUCAGAUACUUUUGGAAAGCGCCAAGAAGAACCUCAAAGAUAUGGCUUUCUUUGGUUUGACUGAAUUCCAAAGGAAAACGCAGUAUUUGUUUGAGAGAACUUUUAAUUUACAGUUCAUUAAACCCUUCAUACAGUUCAACAGUACCCGUGCAUCAGGUGUGGAGACUGAUAAUGAGACAAUCCAUAGGAUUGAGGAGCUCAAUGACCUGGACGUGCAACUGUAUGACUAUGCAAAAGACCUUUUCCAACAGCGGUUCCAGUACAAGAGGCAGUUAGAAAGGAUGGAGCGGCGGAUACGGAAUCAGGAGGAGCACCAUCAGCAGAAGAUUGCUGAGGAACUGCCCAAAGAGGAAAUGGAAGAACAGGGACGAGUGCCCACAGAAGAUUACAUGAGCCAUAUUGAGAAAUGGUAGCCAUGGUGCACCAUGGCUUGCAUCAAGUUCUUAAAACUUUUGGUCUUCUAGAUCAUAACAAAUCUUGGAGGUUGAAAGAAAAUUUUUAUGUCUGUAAUUUUGAAAUGAAUCUGUAAAACAGAGAUGUUUGCUUCAGAGCAGUAUGGGUCUUUCUCGACCAACUAGGUGCACGUGGAUCUGGAAACAGAAUCAAGCCAGAUACUCCGGCUGGUCAACAAUGUGAUCAAAAGGCAUGAUCCAAUGACCCAAUGCAGUGGAUGUGUUUGGAGUUAUGAACAAUGGAUAACAAAACUUUCCAACUGCAUUGUGACACCUGUAAACAUAUCCUCCAACAGGAAACUAAUUGUGUUUGCUUCAGCUUAGUAACUCAUACUGUUUAACUCUCGACAUGAUAUGCAGUUGUGUUCAUUUUACUGUUUCAUGGUUUUGAAUAUUUUAAAAUUCUGGGUUGAGAUUUUGUACAACCACUGGCCAAGUGAACCACUGAGUAAGAGCAUUCCCAGUCAAAUUUAAUCCAGUCAUUUCUGCUCUAAACCAGUCCAGUCUUUCUUUCUUUCAAUUUUUGCUUUCCAACUCCUUUCCUGAAGGUCUUGAUUCUAUCACUAGAGUAUUGAUCCAUGGACAUCGGUUGCCCACCCUUUCCUCAUCCAAAUGCUCGUGAUAUCCUUGAUGUGAAUGUGGCCAGUUAUCCAACAAUGAAGAGGACAUCCUGGCCAAGCCUGAUGCGGUCCAUAGACAGCACCCACACAGCAGUCACCAUAUAUUAAGCAAGAGUGAGAACCUUGCCUGAUUUUUUUUUUGUUUUGUUUGUUGUCCUUUCCAUUUUUCUCUUUCCUAAACCUGGAAUGCUGUGGCCAGUCGUACAUCCCUUGCCUUGGAUGAGAUCAGCUAACUAACCACAGACUAGAGAUCAAACUGUUGGACCACCUUGAUCUGUGUGACUUUUGUCCCUGAGCCCGGUUGAAUUAUCAGUGGUCAUGUUCAAAUUACUCUGUGUUCAGUUUAUUAAUGCCAUUUUACAGUUGUGCACACACUCAUCUCAUCUGAGCCUGUCGUUGAGGAAACUUAGUAUGUUGAGCAAAUUCAUGCAGGAAACAAUAAGAUUAUUUUAUUUCUGCAUAGUAAUGGGAAUUCCUUUUUACUCUUUUUGUCAGGACUUAAGCUUAAACAUAAAGUUUAAAAAGAAUGAAUGUUGUACUUUUUAUAAUUUUCUCAGCCAUUCUGUAAUAAUCCACUUAAUCUUUUCAACAUUAUAAGUCAUGAACCUCCUCACGCCAUUUUUGUUGGUUGUUCAUGCGAGGCACCAUACUGAAAGCAGCUCUAAACGUAUGUAUGGCAUUUUCUGAAAGACACCAAACAAUUGGGUCCCCUACAACCAGCCAUCUUAAUCCAUAACCUUGGUCUAAAAGAAGUGAUGCAUACUUUUGUUACCAGAUAAUGGAAGCAUGUCCCGGGACACAAUUCAUAUACAGUAUCAGGUUACUUUCUUAAUUGGGAUUAACUUGAUUAUUCUUGAGCUUGUUUCUUUGAAAACUGAUUUUCAGUGUCAUAAUGUGGAAGUCCUAAUGGUACUUUUUUACAAAUCCAUCAUCAGCUCUGACUGAUCGUGGAAAAUGCUUAUUUAGAAGGGUAUAAUCUUAGUUAACCCAUUUUUAAACAUGAUAAAGCCAUAGCAUAUUUUAUAGUUGUACCGUAUGAAGGGAGCAGGAUGCCAUCAUAUUUCUUACCCUCCCUUUUUUGAUUACUCAAGAUCUUGGGUAAUUUCUCAGUACCAGUUCAAAAAAAGGAAACAACCAGAUUAAAUGGGGUGAAUGAAUUUAUUUGUGCUCACCACUAUAUACUUCAGCAUCUACAAUCUAAGACACACACACACACACACACACACACACACACACACACACACACACUCUUUUAUUUCAGAGAAAAUUUAAAUGUCAAUUUAAAUGUAAAUUCCAUCUGUACAUGAACUGUUGUGGCUCCCUUUGUUUCAGAUAUGAGAGUCAUUGGAGAUGUAAAAUAUUCCAAAUUUGGGUAAUAAGUUAUUUGUUAUACUCAAAAACCCGAGAAAUAAUGGAGUAGGCUGCUACUCAGUGAUAACAGAUGAUGCCCUUUUUUCUCUGUGCAGGUUUUGGAAGGGAUCAUCUUGUCAAGCAAUCUACAUUUAUGAAUGCAAAAUCUGUGUAAUCUGGAUAUAAAUACUGCUGCUUUUGAAAUCCUAAUUUACUCUUAUUUUUGCUCUAUUGUUGUCAAUGUUCAAAGGGUUUUUACCUCCAUACUCCACCAAGGUGAAGGUACAGUACCAGGGGCUGCUUAGGAUUGUUUUUUAUGUUGUGCUUAUCCAGCCUUCAUGAUGAAUCAUUUUGCCUGGGUGCACUUGAUUUCAACAAAUGCAGUAACAUUUUGGGAGCCAAGUUUGUUCCUGUUUAAAUUGCUGCAAAGCCAUAUAGGGAGUCUCACUGAUUAAUGAGAAUGAACAGACCAGUGACCACUCAGUGCAAUUUUCUUUUCCCCAGGUACCAAACUCCUGCAUUUAAAGGGGAGCUGUCAACUUUGUAGUGAGUACUUGGGUAGGCUCUGUUUCUGGAACAGUUGCAGGUUUCAUAUGUUACUGUUUGAUUAAAGAAAAGACAAAUAACUUGUAGUCGCAGAUGUGAUUGGUAAUGCAGCUAUGUAAUCAUGCUCUCAACAGACCUGCCGGCUGUUACUCAUAGGGAGUAAUGGGCUUAUAUUUCUGGGUGAAAAUUUUAACAUGUUUUGAUAUAUGUCACUGGGAAACAAAUGGAUAAAAUAAAUGAAUAUGUUUAAAUGGC